CGAAAUUGAUUUAUCGGAAUUGUGUUACUUUGAGUGCAGCAUUAAGAACGUAAAUCAUAGUUUUCAGAUAAUCACACCCACUCGCUCGUUGGUGCUGUGCGCCGACUCCAGACGCGACAUGGAGGACUGGCUGGGCUCGCUGAAGACGGCAACCGCGCCACAGAGGCCACGUGGCGAUAGCUUCCUGAUUGACCAACAUGACAUACUUUCGAAUCAUCAUCACUGGUAUGCGACCUCACACGCCCGUCCCACCUACUGCAAUGUGUGCCGGGAUGCGCUCUCCGGCGUCACAUCGCACGGACUUAGCUGUGAGGUGUGCAAGUGCAAGGUGCACAAGCGCUGUGCGGCCAAGGCUAUUGCCAACUGCAAGUGGACAACGCUUGCUACUGUAGGCAAGGACAUCAUAGAACAACCGGAUGGCAGCAUUAUAAUGCCGCAUCAGUGGAUGGAGGGUAAUCUCCCGGUGUCUGCAGUUUGUGCGGUGUGCAAGAAGACUUGCGGAUCAGUGUUGCGAUUGCAGGACUGGCGUUGCCUAUGGUGCAGGGAUACUGUGCAUGUAGCCUGUAGGCCCCAAAUGGCAAUCGCCUGUCCGAUUGGGCCCGCGAAGCUGUCAGUGGUGCCGCCGACGAGCGUUCACUCGAUCAGCACUGAUGACGCCUGGGAUGUGGUCAGUCCAAAGGGCAACUUCUCUCCGCUGCUCGUGUUUGUCAACUCAAAGUCGGGCGACAAUCAAGGGGUUAAGUUCUUGAGACGUUUCAAGCAGCUUCUGAAUCCAGCACAGGUUUUCGACCUAAUCUCAACAGGUCCCAGCCUAGGCCUGCGACUCUUUCGGCACUUUGAAAUGUUUCGCAUACUCGUCUGCUCCGGCGAUGGUUCUGUCGGUUGGGUUUUGAGCGAGAUAGAUCGUUUUAACAUGCAUAAACAAUGCCAAGUAGCUGUUAUGCCCUUGGGUACGGGCAACGAUCUAGCUCGUGUCCUAGGCUGGGGAUCCAGCUGUGACGAUGACACGCAUUUACCACAAAUACUUGAGCGGUAUGAAUCGGCUAGCACUAAAAUGCUUGACCGGUGGAGUAUAAUGGUCUUCGAGAAAGCUAUUAGUAUACCCAAAGUACCUAAGAUGUCUAUUACCACGGAGCAAGAGGCAAUGAUCACGGGCAUGGUCACAUCUGCAAAUCAGCACUUGCGGUACAUAGUCGACACCAACGAUACACAAACUUUACUCUCGUCCACACGCCUGCUGUGCGAUAUUGUGGAUGAGCUCAUAUCACGCAUUAUUGAGCACCACAGGGAUGACGAGCCGUUGGCUAUAAAAUGCGACAUUUUAAAGCAAAAGCUGACAAUGUUGCUGGAUGCUCUGCAGGAGGAGGAGACAGGUGCACACAGUGGCGACGAUCUAAUAGCCACUAUACGCACCCUAAUUGCUCGCGGUACGCCCACAUCAGCUGGAGCAACAACCCCGCGACCUUCUCUGCUUCAUCCAAAUAUAUCAAUCGAGAAAACCGAAAAGGACCACAUCAACUCGAAAGAACGUCGCAACAGCCGCUCAUUGCGCUCUAGCGAAAAGGAAGCAUUGCAAUGCCGUGCAAAUAGUGUAAAACGUGCUAUUUAUAAUGUAGUGGAACACUCAGAGCCGGGGCGUCCGAAGCGAUAUCAGCGAAAGUUGUCGAUUACGCCGUUUGAGGCGCUCAAGAUACCAACGAACAUUUCUAGCGACUCAACACCCUGCAGCUCCCCGCUGCCUAUAAUACCACCCAUCAAUAUAAUAUCUCCCACCAUGGAAACAUCACAAUUGACCUGCAUAUCACCGCUGCCAGACACACGUCGUGAUUCGGUGGAUGAAAAUUUCUUUAACAGCAUCAGUUUGCCGGCUCCGCGUCAGUUUGCAGAUAGUCGACGCAGUUCGGGCGUCCCGGAGGUUAUACAAGAGAUGGAAGAGGGUGCUAAUGGAGAAACCAUUUACCGCAUGGGUCGACUCUCACUGAGCGGUGGCGCAAAUAUUGACGAUGCCGGCAACCGUUUAUCGCCAACAGCCGAAGGUGGCGAGACUACACCCACCGAGCGUAAGGUUGAUUUUCUGCGUGUACCGAUUAUAACGGGUGAGCACAUUGUGGAUCCGCUCUCUGACUACAGGCCAAUAGAGGUAUUUGAACGUACCUACUACAUGACGCGUGAAAUGGACAGAGAUAAGGAACGCAAGGCUGAAGCAGGUAGUGAUGUAAGUAGCCUGAUCGACUGCGAGAAGGAGAACGGCACUGGCAACGAAAAAUUCGAAAUGCAGCAGCAACAAGCCCUCGUACACACUUGCAAUCUUCAGGUACCCGGCAUUGUCGUAACCCCCAAACCCCAAAAUGUUUACACAAGUGCAAGCAUAACAAUUAUUGAUACUGAUGCCCAGACCAACACUGAACAAUCAUCUUCCGAGGAGUUGGCUAACGAAGCAAGCGAUGUUCUCUCCGCUAUCAGCAAUGAGGAGUGCAGUGUGGCUUCGGAAAUAUUUGAUAAGCCUGAAACAAAUCAAACGUUGGGUGAUAUCAUACAGAAUCUGGAUGCAAGCAACUUUACCCACAUUGACUCACCGGAAACAAGCGACGAGACUGAAGCCAUGCCCGGAGAGAGUCUUAUGGAUGAUAUCAGCUCAGUGUUGGGGCAUGAUAUAACCAACGCAUUGCAGGAUAAUACCUUUACGGAUGAUACAACCACACUCUGCUCGGAACACGCUGGCCCACCAAAACCACCACGCAAGAAAUCUCUGAGCGCAUUGACCCACACUCAAACGCAUCCACGUAGACGUAACUCGUCGCCUCCACGCAUGGCCAGGCUGGCACGCAUGGACAGCGAUGAGAAUCCGCAACAGUUUGGGUUUGAAAACAUCGUGUUUGAAAUUGACAAUCGGUGUGAUGAUCAGAAAAUACGUGAACCACCGCGCUUUUGCAGUCUGGCGCAGUUCGUGGAAGGUAACGAUAUAGCGCGUCAGAGCUUUAAGCAAUUGAAUUUCGAAGAGGCGACCACGCCCACAAAUUCACCACAAACAUAUACAAGCUUAACAACGACAGCGACUAGCGAUGAACUGGAUGAGGUGUCUAUGCAAACAGCAAUAAGAAUUGAAAUAAACGACCUUGAAAACGCCAUGCAUACUAAUACAACAACAACAACAAUGACCACAACAUCAAGCAUCCAUAAACCACUCGAAUCGGCAUUAGCCUCGACAACAUCACCUACUAAGAAAUCGGGCCAUGGACAAGAUGUAAAGCGCAUUACUUUUGAUGAGUCGUGUAAGAAAGAAUCCUUUGAUGAUGUAAAUCCCAACUAUCCACAGAUAAGUGUUGUUGUCAGACCACCGACGCCGUUACGCGGCGAUUCCGUGAAAGCUGCAGCCUCGUUGACGGCUGCAUCGGGUCUGCUCGGUGUGAGGGCAUUGAACGCCUCCGAGAUUCGCCGGCAUUCGAGCCAUGCGCCCGGCUUAACGGUGCGCGAAUUCGACAAGGAUAAAGACCGUCGACAUUCUGGUUUUAAUCCAAAUAUGCUUACCUUGGAUCCAGAGCAUGCGCGCUUCCUCAGUAAUUCUCCAGCUGCUAGUCGUAGAAUUAGCUGUGGCAGUCUCUUCAAGAAAAAAGAAAAAAAGAUUAUCACAAAACGCGCCUAUGGACUGUUCAGUGUACGUUUCUUUGUGGUUGCCGAACCAGACAUACGAUUAGCAACACUGGCUUUAAUACGGCCGCUCAUUCCGCUGCCAAACGAAGCUUUGCCCAACCUACAAACCUUAAAGGGCUCGAGCUCCAAGACGAGCCUAUUUAUGGGCUCAACACUGUUUGGCUAUGAGCAUUUCGGUGGAGCAUCUGAUAAGGAUGAAAAGCCCGGCAAGGAUAAAGAAAAAGAGAAAACGCUUAUGGAGGAAACUAAUCGCAAAUUGCCCAUUAUAAAUCCUAUAGUGCGUUUGCCCAACUGGCCCAACUUAACUAACGGCACUGGCUUCAUAUCCAAGUGCUUAAUGGCUAAUGCGGAUACAUUGUGUGCUGCCGUUAGCCCAUUGAUGGAUCCUGAUGAAACACUCCUGGCUGGUUACCACGAGAAAUGUGUAAUGAACAACUAUUUUGGCAUUGGCAUCGAUGCAAAAAUUUCACUGGACUUUCACAACAAACGAGAAGAGCAUCCGGAAAAGUGUCGCUCCCGAGCCCGCAAUUACAUGUGGUAUGGCGUAUUGGGUUCCAAGCAGCUGCUCCAGAAAACGUGCAAGAACUUGGAGCAACGUGUGCAACUGGAGUGCGAUGGCCAGCGCAUUCCGCUCCCAGAGCUGCAGGGCAUUGUUAUAUUAAAUAUACCCAGCUUUAUGGGUGGCACCAAUUUCUGGGGCAGCAGCACUAAGAAGGACGACAUCUUUCUGCCGCCCAGUUUUGAUGAUCGCGUGUUGGAGGUUGUCGCCGUGUUUGGCUCUGUGCAAAUGGCUGCCUCGCGCCUCAUCAAUCUGCAGCACCAUCGCAUAGCUCAGUGUCAAAGCGUACAAAUUAAUAUAUUAGGCGAUGAGGAGAUACCCAUACAGGUGGAUGGAGAGGCGUGGUUACAGCCGCCGGGAAUGAUACGCAUACUGCAUAAGAACCGGGUACAAAUGCUGUGCCGUAAUCGCAGCUUGGAGCUGUCCCUAAAGAGCUGGCAAGAGAAGCAACGGCAACAUAGUAUUUCUAUACAACGCGAUGCCUCCUCAACAGCCUCCGAGCAUGCCAUCUCUACAGAUGAGGUUAUAUCAGAGCGCGAGUGCUAUGUGCUGCUCAACUUUAUAGAGGCCGUCAGCUCGUUGGUCAAAUGGGUCAAGUUCUUGAUUAUAUCGCAUCCAGCUCUGCAGCAUGAUCUCUAUGAAGUGGCAUGUCGAGCCAGCGAAGCGUUGGAAUCUAUACACCCGCAGGGAAAACUGCUUGAGGGCCCCACGCUACGCACUAAAUUGGUGGAAGUUAUUGACUCAUCACGCCAGCUCUACGAUGAUGCCUGCACCCUGCUGCGCGAUCGUGGCCAUAGUCUUAUAUUGCGUGAAGACUUGGAGACAAAGCUAAGUGCUGCGCUAGCCAACAUGGAAAUGGAGCUGAAGAAGUGCUCUGUACAAAAAUGCAUCGAUGGCAAGCUACGCGCCUACUUUAAUGUGCUUGCACCCAACGAAGAGGCGGAUGGUCGGCGCAAGUCUCGUCCGUUCUGGGUGCGUUUACGAUCUGGCUCGACUGCCGGUCAACAGCAAUUUAAGCCACCACUCACUAACACACGCGAAGCAGCUAAUAAUUGGAGCGUUAAUGAGGUGGUUACCUGGCUGGAGACAAUGCAGCUGGCCGAGUAUGUGGACAGUUUUCUAAAGAACGACAUACGCGGCAAGGAGCUGCUUACAUUGGGACGACGUGAUCUUAAGGAUCUAGGCGUAGUAAAAGUCGGACAUGUCAAGCGCAUACUGCAAGCCAUAAAAGAUUUGAGUGACACUUAAGCUAAUUUGAAUAUAUUGCGUUGACAUAUUACUCAGCAGUGUACUGUAACUGUGGGCUGUUAAUGAUAAAAGCGAUCUUUAAAAUCUUUAUUUUUUAUGAAAGUUAUAAAUGCUAAUAACAAUCACUAUUUAUAGGCUAGCUUAGCUAAAAAAAAUAACACAACACAAGAAAACUUUAACAAUAUUCGAAAAUAC